AGCACUCUCUCUUAUGUGACUGUGGAUGUAACCUACAGCUUGCAUUUGACGGCUCCUUUGUAAGAAAUGAAAAAUGGACAGCCAGAUAGGCACCAAGCAGUUACGGGGGUUUAAUGUACUCAUUGACACACACAGAAUGUUUCGAAGAACAGCGAUAAGAAGCCUCCUUUGUCAACGGCCCAAUCCGCAGCUGGCAUUUAUUUCCCUCGUGCAAAUAAUUCAUCCCAUUCACAGUACUGUUGGCAGCCGGGGGUUUUCCAUGUUGAGGUUAAAAAGAAAAAAAAAGAAAUUGCUAUUUCAAUGCAGUAAAUAAGGAAGAAAUCUUCAAGAUUCCUGAGGGGAAAAAAAGCACAAAAUGGCAAAUCUCAUGAUAUAAAAUGUGAUGAAAUUAAGGUAUAACAAAAGUGAACAACAGCUGGAAAAGUAGAGAAGUGGGUCAUCAUUCGGAUCCGGCUCACCGCCAUAAAAUACUUCUGGACAUAGUUGACAAGUAUGCGUAACGACGCGUGCCUCUAGUGGCACCGUGGAAGGAGGGUCGUCAGACGCACGCAGAUGCGCGGCUUUCUGCACUCCCUUCUGAUCCAGCACAAACUAGAAGCUUUUUUUAAAUGAACACUGUGUAACAAAGAGCCUUUUUGAACAGAUUUGGGCGUUCUUCAGUAUCGAGCCCCUUGCCAUAGCCGUGCGCACCUGGAGAGGAGCGUCGCGGAGCGGCUUUUCCACCUCCACAAAGUAGACCUCUGUGUUAUCUCAGCAGUUUUCCCGAUCGGAACGAGGGACCGGAGUGCUUAAACUGAAAAGAGCUUUUUUCUGAAUGUCUGGAGGGCGUUUACAUUCUUCAGCACUCAUCGUGUAACGCUUUUCUCUGUUUGUCUUUCGGGCGACAGAAUCGUUCAAGGCGACCCAAAGUUCCGCAGGCGCAGAUCUCCUCCUCCACGGCGGUGCGGGGAGUCAGGUUCGGUUGUUGCCGUGGUGCGUGUCAGUAGACAGACAGAAUCGGAGGUAGGAACAGGAUACGGAGACUCCUGCGGGCUGACUGAAGCAGCCUGCGAUCGCAUGUGCAUCACCGAUCCGCCUGUGAGGGACUGUGGGGCUUCAUCUUGAUCAGACCGCUCUCAGACUUGUGAGUAACAGAAAAGAAAAACCCUGAGAGAAUGUUGCACCAAGUACAAUGAGAGCAAAUUUGUCGCAGACACCCAAAUCCACAUAUGCUCCGUCGAAUUCAGUUCUGAUGAGCAAUUCUGAGUCGUCUUUGGAAUUUUAAAAAAAAAAGUGGAUCCCGCGACUUUACAACCAUGCGAAAUACUUGGCUGUCUCCCCGGAGUGCGAUUUGGGAAUACUGGACAUCGCUGAUUGCAUGUCUCUUUUGGAUUCAGUACUCUCACGGGAUGCCUCACGUUAUUCGAAUAGGUGGGAUUUUCGAACAAACAGAUGGACCUGUUUCACUUGUGAGCGCUGAAGAACUUGCCUUUAAAUUUGCUGUCAAUAACAUUAACAGAAACAGGACUUUGUUGCCAAACACAACACUAACAUAUGACAUACAGAGGAUUAAUAUCUACGACAGUUUUGAGGCAUCACGAAAAGCUUGUGACCAGCUGUCUUUAGGUGUGGUUGCAAUUUUUGGACCUUCACACAGUUCAUCGUCAAAUGCUGUGCAGUCCAUCUGCAAUGCGUUGGAAGUGCCACACAUCCAGGUGCGGUGGAAACAUCACCCCAUGGACAACAGGGACACCUUUUAUGCCAAUUUAUACCCGGAUUAUUCUUCACUAAGCUAUGCUAUCCUGGACCUGGUGCAGUUUCUCAAAUGGAAAACAGCCACUGUCGUAUAUGAUGACAGCACAGGUCUUAUAAGACUGCAGGAGCUGAUAAUGGCCCCGUCCAGGUACAACAUCAGGCUGAAGAUCCGUCAACUUCCUCUUGACACACAGGACACGAGACCCCUUCUCAAGGAAAUGAAGAGAAGUCGGGAGUUCCGCAUCAUCUUUGAUUGCAGUCACCAUAUGGCUGCACAGAUUCUUAAACAGGCCCAGACCAUGGGGAUGAUGACAGAGUAUUACCACUAUAUCUUCACCACUCUGGACCUGAUGGCCAUUGACCUGGAGCCAUACCGUUUCUGUGGUGUCAACAUGACCGGCUUCCGCAUCCUCAACGUAGAUAAUCCCCAGGUCGCAUCUAUUGUGGAGAAAUGGUCGAUGGAAAGGCAGAUACCACCUAAACCUGAUUCAGGCCUGUUGGAGGGCAUCAUGACGACAGAUGCAGCUCUGACGUAUGAUGCAGUCCACAUUGUAUCCGUGUCAUACCAGCACGCUCCGCAGAUGACCGUGAACUCACUGCAGUGCCACCGCCACAAGCCCUGGAGAUUCGGCGGGCGCUUCAUGAGUUUCAUCAAAGAGUCUCACUGGGACGGUCUGACGGGGAGGCUGUCAUUCAACAAGACAACUGGUCUACGUACAGACUUCGACCUGGACAUCAUCAGUCUGAAGGAGGACGGACUUGAAAAGGUGGGGAAGUGGAGUGCGUCAGGAGGUCUUAACAUCACAGAAGUGCCGAAGCGAAAAGGGAUGAACAUCACUGAUUCCCUGGCUAACCGCUCCCUCGUCAUCACAACCAUCCUGGAGGAGCCAUAUGUCAUGCUUAAGAAGUCUGACAAGGCGCUGGUUGGGAAUGACCGUUUUGAAGGAUUCUGCAUCGACUUGCUCAAAGAGCUGGCCAACAUCCUGGGCUUCACUUACGAGAUCCGUCUGGUGCCUGAUGGGAAAUACGGCUCCCAGGAUGAGAAGGGCCAGUGGAACGGCAUGAUCAGAGAACUUAUAGAACAUAGAGCAGACUUGGCAGUGGCUCCUCUCACCAUCACUUACACGCGUGAAAAGGUCAUUGACUUUUCCAAGCCCUUCAUGAGCAUGGGCAUCAGCAUCCUGUAUCGUAAACCUAAUGCCACCAAAAAUGGCUUCUUCUCCUUCCUGAACCCCAUGACUCCUGACAUCUGGGUCUACAUCCUCUUGGCCUACCUGGGUGUUAGCUGUGUCCUUUUUGUUAUUGCCAGGUUCAGCCCAUAUGAAUGGUAUGACGCCCAUCCGUGUAACCCGGGAUCAGACGUGGUGGAGAACAAUUUCACCUUGCUCAACAGCUUCUGGUUUGGAGUCGGUUCCUUGAUGCAACAAGGCUCAGAACUGAUGCCCAAAGCCCUGUCGACCAGGAUCAUUGGUGGGAUAUGGUGGUUCUUCACACUCAUCAUCAUAUCAUCCUAUACAGCUAAUUUAGCAGCUUUUCUCACUGUGGAGAGAAUGGACUCCCCUGUGGACUCAGCUGACGACAUAGCCAAGCAGACCAAGAUUGAGUAUGGCGUGGUCAAAGAUGGCGCAACCAUGUCUUUCUUCAAGAAAUCUAAGGUUUCAACUUUUGAGAAGAUGUGGGCCUUUAUGAGCAGCAAGCCAAGUACAUCACUGGUAAAGUCUAUUGAAGAUGGAAUUCAGAGGGUGAUGAAGUCUGACUAUGCUCUCAUUAUGGAGUCCACAACUAUCGAUUACAUCACUAGGAGGAAUUGUAACCUGACACAGGUGGGGGGGCUCAUCGACAGCAAAGGCUAUGGCAUCGGCACUCCCCUUGGCUCCCCUUACAGGGACAAAAUCACCAUAGCAAUCCUAAGCAUCUUGGAGGAUGGGCGCCUGCACAUGCUGAAGGAGAAGUGGUGGAGUGGGAGCAGCUGCUUGGAUGAAGAGCGGCGCGAGACAGGCCCCAUGGGUAUCCAAAACCUGGGUGGUAUAUUCAUUGUGCUGGCAUCUGGCCUAGUGCUGUCGGUUUUUGUGGCAAUUGCUGAAUUCAUCUACAAACUAAGGAAGACUGCAGAACGUGAGCAGGUCUUUGUGCAGUGCCAUGGUGGACGAAAUCAGACUGUCGUUCACCUGCGAGAGGCGGGUGAAGCACAAGCCUCAGCCUCCAGUCAUGGUGAAGACGGAUGCAGUGAUCAACAUGCACGCAUACAACGACCGACGACUCCCAGGAAAGGACAACAUGAGCUGCAGCACUGGGAUGACUCCCGUGUUCCCAUGACAAUGUGCUCCCCACAGGGAAAGAAUCUCCUGAGCAACGUGUCAGGAAUGGUGCCAGAGACUAGAGACAAUGGCAUAGACGCAAUCACCAGAUUCACCAUUAACCACAGUGACAUGGGGACACUAACAAAACAUGGUCAACUCAAAAUGGCAGCAUCAGCCACACAGGUAUGACAACAUUCACCACUGUGGUCCAAAACACAAAAGGUAAAGGAAAUAUUGGGAGGAGGUUCUGGGAAAACAGUACACCGAAAUAAUCAGUUUCCAGUGUGAUGUUUACGUGCACAACACAAAAACACAAGAAAAUACACUUUGUUCAAGUAAUCCUCAAUCGGUUAAAAGACUGAUUGAAAAAUUUCAUUGGAAAAUAUGGACUGAGGAGAGAAGAAACGCUUUGUUAAGAAUGGCAAUAAAUGACAGAUAUACAAGGAGGAAAAGGAUAAGCAGUUUUCUUGGAGAUCAGUUGAGCCACACAUUAAAAUUAUGAUACCAAGUUCUUACUUACAUCCUGUUAUUUACACAAACUCUGAAUGGCCUUUGACAGCAGUGAAUAGUUUUACCUCAAACAUGUUGUCUCGGCUUAAAUCUUUGAGUUGUAAGCUGCAGGACCUGGAUAUCAGUGGAAACCCAUAUUGAGAUACAACAGUUUGUUGAAGUUGUUAUGUGAAAUUAACUUUAUCGUUACACAGAAGCAAUUAAUCACUGAUGCAAAGCAAAGCUGGAAUCGGGAGACAUCUUUGUAAAAAAGAAUCCAUCAUGGACCAUUAAAUCAUGUUGUUUUAGGACUGGAUUUAUUUGACCAGAAGUACAUUUUAUGUCAAAAUCAUUUUGUACAAGAGUGAAUUUUUAAUCAGUUUAAUUGCCAAAGAUCUGACCUUUCAGUAUAACAAUACAGUAAACAGUACAGUAUGGGCCAGUUCCUGCUCACUUGGCUUUUUAGAGAGCACUUAUUUUGUGUUUAAUGCAAGGUAAAUUGGAGUGUCUUAAAUGGGACAAUUAAGGGAUUUUGCUAUAACAGUUUUUCCAGCCAUGCAGGGUAAUACGUAUCCAAAGCUACUUGUAUUUGGCACAGUCAUGGCAAUGUAUUUCCUAGUUUUGCGAUCCACCUCUCCUCAAAAUAUUUUUAUCAAUACUGUAAUUUAAAACAAUCACAAUCAUUGCAUACGAAGCAUAAGGGGAUAAAAAAAAAAGAUGAGUUCCUGAAAAAAAUGUCAUUCUGAAAAUAUAAUCUUUGUCCUGUGUGAAUUUCAAAAGGUUAAUCAUGGAAAUAUUGAGCAAAUAUGAAAACAGUUUAAAUUUUUUUUUUUCUUUUUUUUUUUUUUGCUCGCUUUGAUAAAAACAUACGUGCAGAAUGAUUUGGAAGGCACUGCAUCAGGUAUUUCUCUCUAUAUCUUAGUUUAAUUGUAAGUCACAGAGACAAAAGGUAGGAGACUGUGACCUUAAAAAUACAGUGCAUUUUUUGAGUGCAUUUAAUUGUAUCCAUUGAAGUAUGUGCUGGACUUUGUCCAUGUGUGGCUACCAGACCACUGAAUGUCCCAAAUACUCCUGAACACAUUUUUUGAGCAGUUAUCAGCUUCAUUCAUCAGAUGUGAUGUAGAGGCUUUUUGGCAGGAAACUGUUUGUGUGCCAAGGGUGUGGUUUAGAAAUGUGAAAAGAUUUCAAAGGUUAUCUCAGACUUGAAAGCCAGAAGCUUUUUCUGUUUAAUUAGCGAGGACAAAGUAAAUUCUUACUUGCGUGUGAACAUGGUGAAAGAAAAUGGAUGGAUAAACAGAAGACAGAUGAUGAUUUCAUGUGUUCAUGUUGAGUUUAAUUCCUAUUGCAUAAGUGUACAUCUUCAGCAAGUGUCAUGGCAUAGGAAGAUUCAAGGAGUCUGUGGGCUGCUGUUACCUGGGAGCUGAAUGAACAGCAAACCUCUGUGAGGUUUACAUCGUCGGUACAUUGAGACAUAAAAAAAAAAAAAAUCGUAACUAUCUAUGAUUAAAGGAAACUCCAAUCUGUAAAACUUAGCGUUGGUUUGGUAGAGAUUCACUGUAUAAUUGUUUAUCGAUUCCCUUCUGCAAAGUAGAUUAUGUAGAUAAGAUCAGCAGGAGAAAAUGUAUUUUGCUAAAUUUAUACGGUUAUAAAUUAAUUCUUUUCACAGUCAGAUAUGUUAUAGAUGCUAUUUAUUUCAUUGGUGAGAUCACUUAAAGCUACUUCCUCACUUAACUCCUGUUCCACAGCCCCAAACCUUGUUUAUUUAUUUAAUGGAAAUGAAUUAUAUUAUGGUAUAUUGGAUUACUAUCAUCCAGAUGGAAAAAAUGUAUGUUAAUCUUAUUUUAUGAUGGCUAAUAAAUUUCUAUAAGGUGAACAUGAAACGGAAAUGUUAAGCUGCUCCAACACUUAGGGGAUAUUCCCUUAGAGUAUGGAGAGUUGAGUUUAUCUUAUGUAAUUGGACCUUAACUGCUCUUGAAAUCCUGACUGCAGCCGAUAUGUGGUCAUAACACUGUUAUCCUCAUGUAUAUUGUAGCUUUCCAUGCAGGUGAUUCAGACACUCAACUUUACUUGUAUUUCACUUCUGUAAUGUGAAAAUAAUCAAAAAUUUCAUCAUAAUAAAAAAAUGAGUUGGAAUUUCAACAGGGAUACUGAUUUGGCUGAUUCAGUCAGUUUGGUUAUUGAAUAUAUACAUCAUUUUUAUAAAUCAAUGUGAAUAAUAAUGUCAUUUUUCACAAAAUUAUAUGAAAUGUGAGAGAAAAGUAAUGCAAAAUGUAAGCUACAUAACCUGUGUUCCAUUAGCAGUGUGUGAUAUGAGUUUUGAUUUUCCAGCAGUCACAACGGUAUGCCUUUUUAUGUAUACCUUUCUUUUGAGUUGCACAGCUUCUAUCAUUUGGCAGAAAACCUUUCAAACAAUAUGAAAAAUAUGUUGGUGCAAACCAGGGUUUUCUCUGUGGACAUGCAGGAUUUCUAUGAAUAUAGUUUUUGUAAGAUUUUGUAAAAAAAAAAAUAAUAAUAAAAAAAGAUUUUGUUUUCCUAGUAACUGUAUGUGUUAAGAGAAUAUUAGAAUAACCGACAUGUCAGUAAAACAUGGGGAAAUUCAACAAAAUAUUAUAGAAAAGCUAUUGAAUUAUUUUCUUUUUAACACAUUGUGAAUAAUUCAAUUGUACAGUUUGCUGUAUGGGUUAUAUGAAGUUUUAAAUAAAAAAAAAUACAAACUC